AUGGUUCCUUUCGCUGGCUACUCGAUGCCACUCUCAUAUGGUGAUGUUGGAGCGGUGGCCAGUCACCAUCAUGUUCGAAACUCGGUAGGAAUCUUCGACGUGGGACAUAUGGUGCAGUCCAAUUUCCGAGGAGCAACAACCACCGCCUUCCUUGAAUGGCUGACACCUUCUUCCUUACAUCAACUGCCCCAUUACUCCUCUACCUUGUCUGUUCUGCUCAAUGAACAUGGUGGCAUCAUCGACGAUACCGUUAUCACCAAACACGCGGACGAUGCGUAUUACAUCGUAACGAAUGCAGGUCGCCGUGACCGUGACCUAGCGUGGUUUAAGGAGCAGCUAGAUAAAUGGAACAUGAGCGAGAAAGCGAAGGAUGGUAAAGUUGAGAUGGAAAUCCUCGAGGGUUGGGGUCUUCUGGCCUUACAAGGUCCCGAGGCUGCUCAAUACCUCCAAGGCCUUACGUCCUUCGAUUUACAAGGCCUGACCUUUGGGAAGUCUGCCUUUGUCCCACUUGAAGGCUUCAAUCUCCACGUUGCCCGCGGAGGAUACACCGGAGAAGAUGGAUUUGAGAUAUCCAUACCGCCUGCUCACACCGUCGAUGUUGCCAAAUUGCUAUCCAAGUCUCCAGUUCAGCUCACAGGAUUAGGUGCCCGUGAUAGUUUACGUCUUGAAGCUGGCAUGUGUCUGUAUGGUCAGGAUCUCGACGAACAAACAACCCCCAUUGAAGCGGGGCUGACCUGGGUCAUUGGCAAGAAUAGGCGGGGGAAGGCAGACUUCAUUGGUGCGGAGGGCGUCCUGAAGCACUUGAAAGACGGCCCACCUAGGAGACGGGUUGGCAUGAUUGUGGAGGGUGCUCCUGCUCGACAGGGAGCAAAGGUUUUCGCUCCUUCUGGCGGUGACCUCAUUGGGACUGUUACCUCCGGAAUUCCGUCGCCCACCUUGGGGAAAAACAUUGCAAUGGGCUAUGUCCAAUCGGGGUGGCACAAGAAGGGCACGGAGGUUGAAGUCGAAGUUCGCAAUAAACUGAGAAGAGCGACGUUGACACCGAUGCCUUUUGUGACAACGAGGUACUACAGGGGUACCUGA